AUGGCUCCUCCGAGGUGGACGACGGCAGCGGAACUUUCAUGGCUGCAAAACGAAGUGCCAACAUACCUUCAGAUGCAGAAAGAAAAGAAAAUAGUUCGAUUCUUCGAACUACUGUACCCAAAAUGGUUCAGUGGUUUCCCCGAACAUUUGAGAGUUUGGCCCAGAGAGCCAAGCAAAAACUCACCUGACGAGGACACCGAGAUCGACGAAUCUGGUCUUGACUUGGCCAAUGAUGAGGUCAACGCUGAGCCGGACCAUGAAAACAGUUUGGAUGCAGAGCAGACAGAGGUGCUCAAUGCUGCCAUCAAGCAUCGACGCAAAAAAUUGCGGGAGUGGUUUCGAAACAAUACCAAAGGAAAAACUACACCUGGUGGGACCUCAACUAGCAAAAUCCUAACUACGUUGCUUGGCCAGCGUGCACGAGGCACCCGAGACCUCAAAGAAGUCGAGUUUCUGACGACAUCAAGGAAAACAACCUUGUACUACCUGAUCAGAAGCUUCGUGCUAUCCGGCAGCACACGAGCGAAUGUUUUGCAAACUGAGUCAGAAGAUGUAAAGGAUGAGGUUCGCGAUGAGACUGUGCGUAUCAAUGCUGCCAGAAAGUUGGGAUCAGUUGUGGCGGGUCAAGAUCGGACAAAAGAGGAAAUUUACCGUGCCAUUCAAGAGCUGCCCAUCGUGCUGGGUCAAAUAUUCGAAGAGCUUUCAACUCUCACGGGUGGAUGGCACUACUCACUUGUUAUGGGUGGGCCUGACCCUUUAUGCGAAGGUGAUAUCAUGACGUUAAGCUUCAAGACAUCGACACCAAACUUCCACGAACAAUAUUUGUUACCGUUUGAAAAAUACCUGGGUCGCAUCUAUGGUCCUUCUGUGAAGGGAACUUCAGUUCCCGCUUCCGCAUCCAGUUCACCUCCUCCAUCAACUAUCAACCUCGUUUCGCCAUCUGCACCCUGUGCGCCUCCUCCAUUGACGACGGAUUUCAUUUCAACAUCCGCACCCAGUGCGCCUCCUCUAUCGACCAUGGACCUUUCGACAUCUACACCCAGUGUGCCUCCUCUAUCGACCACGGACCUUCCGACAUCUACAUCCAGUGUGCCUCCUCUAUUGACCAUGGACCCUUCGGCAUCCACACCCAAUGAGCCAUCAGACCAGUCAAGUGCCCGCCUACUUCAAGGGCAGGAGUUCAAUACUUCUGGUCUGGUACUUGAUCCACCCCAAUGGAAUGGAUGGCAAAGUCACCCAGACCCCAACCCAUCUUACAUGUCUUCUAUUGCUCCAGACUCGCCGAUCACUGCUUGGAGAAGGGAAUAUGGGUUCAAUGAAAAUGGGACUAUGUCUGCCGCACUCCCAAGCGCCAUCAUGCAGCCUCAACUGCCAUAUUCCCCACCACUCACCUUCGUACCAGACAUUCCUGUUCAUCAACAUUCACUGCCGGCCUCUUUGCCUGAAUCUUUGCUGCCGAAACCUGCGCAGCUGGUCUCUUCACCACAACCUGCGCUGCCACUCGAACCUGACCAGGUCAUGUUGGCGCAUAAUUCAAAGCCUUCAACAUCCUCCGAACACACUGUCGCAACCCAAGCUAGGCGCUCGGGAUGCUCAGGACGUCCUUCAACUCGAGCAGAGGAAGCUAACAAAAUUGGUGAUACCAGCUUACAGCAAGUGACGAAGGCGGGACCUAAGAGAAAGCAGAACGCGCCGCAGUAUACCACUAGACCGCAUUAUACCAGAGUGAUGUAUCACGCUCUAUUGGUUACUGAAGGUGUGGAUGUAUCACUACCCUUCUACAAUGACAGCCUGGAUGCCAUUGGAGCCAAUCACAGGGAAGACAAAGUCAUCAGGCUUGAGUUCGCCAUUGUAGUGAAUAUGCUUGAGAAGAGCAAGCCACAGCAGCAUCCAGAAGAAACAAUCACAGCCAGGCAUGUCUAG